GCACAUCAGAGGAUUAGCUAAAAACAACUUUAAAUAUUCACUAUUUCUGGUAGUGUCCCAGAGCUUGUGCAUUGGCUUUGGUGAUGGUAAAUACUGCAUAUGAAAGGUGACAGGCGAGAGGUGUUUUCACAUGGAAGUGGUGGCAGGAAGCACUUGUCUUCAUGGCCUGUCAGGGGCAAAGACAAGGAACUGGGCUCCUGUGAUGCUGAAGUUGAAAUAGGAGGCAGCUGAUGGUCAGAAGUGUCAGUCUCCCCAUCUGCCUAGAGUCUCAGUAACAGGCCGAUGAGACUAUUGGGAAUAUUAUGUGACAAUUUAGCACCUCGGUAACAGGGCGUUUAAUACGAAAACCUGUCCAGCAGACAAUGAGGGGUGGAGUGGUAAGGAGAGCCGAAGACUGCUGGAAUUCACGAAGCCUCACUCCUGCCACGCACGGAGAAGAGGCACAAAAGCCAUCAAAGAACACGAUCUUCGGGCUCGAUCAGAUGACAUUAGUUUUGCCUGGUUUUUUUUUUGAGCAUUUUCACGUAACGUGUAGUGUGUUUAGGUGUUCGUUUGACAUGUAUGACUUUCUAUUUUAAGACGGCAGGCUGUGUUUGCAGGAUCAGCAGGGGCGGGAAGAGAAGCAGGCCUAGGAGCAGGUGGAAAGGGAGUGGAGGAACAGGGAGGCUAGAACAUGGAAAAGGAGAAACCUUUUCCACACUUAGAUAUUGACCUGGAAUUUGUGUCACCGACAGGAAGUAGCUGGCUGUAAACUGUGACAACACAGACUGUCUUCGUUCGGAGGCUCAGUGGGUCGUAAUGUCACAAGGAAGUUCCUGAUUGGCCUGAUGCAUCGGGAGUGUGCUCUACAAGUGCUGACCUGGGACUGAGCUCAUCAGGAAGGGACGGGGGUGUUGGUCAAGGCCGGAGUGAAGCCGACAUUGUCGCAGUGAGGCGUCGGGACUCACUGGACCGCGGAAACCACAAAGCUGGUGAUGAUGACGGCCUGCCUGUGACAUCACAGCGGUUGGCGUCAUGUCGUCAUUGUCACGGAGUAGCGACUCUUCCAGGAGAGACAGGAUGGCCUCAUCAAACCUGGAGGAUUCCUUCUUCCCUUUCUCACCAUCAUCCCAAAACACAGGAUCCGUGAUCCACCCAGCAUCCGUGCACGGAUAUGGACCCAUUCCCGAGCCUGAGGUGGAGCGGUCGGGUCCACUGCGCGAGGACAGUAACCCGCUGCUCCUGGAGAGGGACCUGAUCCUAGCAGCAGAGCUGGGUCAGGCUCUGCUGGAAAGGAACGAGGAUCUGGCAGCUCAGCUGGAACUAAAGGAGAAGGAGGUUGAGGCGCUACAGCAGGAAAAGUUUGAGCUGCAACAGCGACUAGACGUCCUGGGGCUGGAGGGGAGCCAGCGGGAAGCCGAGCAGCUGGCGGACAUCGCUGCCCUCCGCGAGCAGCUGGACCGGCAGCUCAGGCAGGCCAAGGACCGUCGGCAGGAGGAGAGCGAGCAGCUCAAGCAGCUAUCCAGUCACAACCAGCGGCUAGUGGAGCAGCUGGCAGAGGCGGUGUCGGUGGAGCACAGCCUGCGUUCGGAGCUGCGGUCCCAGCGGGAAGAGAUGGAGGAUGGGAGCCUGAGCCGCUCCAUCAGCUCUGCCCGGCUGGACAGCCUGCAGGCCGAGAACAGGGUCCUUCAGGAGCGUAAAGUCAAUGUGGAGGAGCGACUAAGAUCCAUGCAGGAGGACAACAGCAGGUUGCGGGUGGAGCGGGACGGUCUGAGGGGAAGGGUAUCGGAGCUGCAGGCCACGCUAAGCGAGAGGGACGGGGAGCUCGACCAAGAGCGCAGUUCGUCCUUCCAGCUGCGUACGCUGAACCACACGCUACAGCAGAGGAUUCAGGAUCUUGGGGGUGACGUCACCUCUGGGGGAGGUGCCAUAUUCCCCUUAUCCCUGCAGUGUGAGAUUCAGCAGUCCCAGGCCAAAGAGGCUAUUCAAGUUCAUUCUGAAAUCCUGCAGGAGAAAGACAACGAAAUCCAGAAGCUGAAAACUGAGCUGCAGUCCAAAGAUGACGAACUGGAAUCUCUUAAAGAGGAGCUGCAGCCUUUCAGAGAAUCUCCCGGCAAGCCGAGUUACAGCACUCUGGAGUCGGAGCUGGCCGUGACGCAGCGAGAGCGCGACUCACUGAACCAGCAGCUGCUCAGCACUAUCAAGCACAAGGUGAUGCUCUCGAAAGAAGUGGAGGCCUGGCAGGAGGACAUGAGGCUGGUGAUCCGGCACCAGGUGGAGCAGCGGGAGGAGAAGCAGAAGGAAAAGAGAGGCCUCAGCAGAGACUCCCGCACCAGCAAGUCCCUCCGCAUGCGAGGGGAAGGGGGAAAGAAAGACAAAGGAGGCUUCUUCUCCUCAUUCUUCAGUGCUGACUGAAGGCUGCCACCUGGUGGCGAGGAGGACAAAGUCCUGCGCUCUCAUUCAAAUCACUCUCCUUGCAGGAUAAUUACCACCAGAGUAAUUUAGAUGGCCUGUUUCUGUAUCAAAGCAUGUAAACUUAUACAUUUUUAAUUCUUUUGUUAUUAAAUAAUUAUUAUUAAUUCAUUCAUCCAUUCUGUUCCACUGUACCUGGCCAAUAAAGUCAAUUGUUUCCAAACA